AUGCACAAGCAGCAAACAGAUGCAGCUCACCCGCCUGCAUAUCCAAGAUUAUUCACAUUGGACGAUGCAAUUUGUCGAAGAUUGUCGGCGUUCGGUUUCUCGAAAACUGCACUGAGAGUUGUUAAACAAUUUAUCCCAACAAUAUGCGAGGAGCGACUGAGCUGCAUUGAAGUGCUCACAAUCGUAACGGAUUGUUUUUGA